GUGUUCCCUUCAGGGAUACAAUAUAACCCCUGCAUUCAGUCUCAUUGCACCUCAGGCUCAGAACUUAUACAGGACCAGUGAGUGUCACUGCAAUAGGAAGAGUACAAGGAUCACAAGACCUUAUUAAGGUGGACACGGUACUAUGAGUUCCCAGGAAGCUGCCCUGCUGACCCCGCAUGUUUCUCAGACUGAUGUACCUGUAGAGGGCAUCCUUACUGAAGACAAGAAAAAAUUCAAGACCUGCAGUCAAAUAGGCUUUUACAGGCGACAGAAGCUUCUCCUUCAAGGCCCAUCACCAUACCAUGCUGAUCUGGAAAUGCUCGUAGUUGAUAACGGUAUUGCCACUCUCCAGAUCAUUAACCAAGACACAAAGGUUCCUCUUCAGGUGCAAAUCAUAUCUUGCAAAGGCAUUUUCAGGCUCAAGAUCAAUGAGAUAUCUCCACUGAAGCCAAGAUAUGAGGUUCCUGAUGUGAUAGUAAAAGAUCUGGCCGCUGAAAGGCUAAAUGUGUCCCAGCGGGAAUCUGGUUGCAUCGUUCUGGAGAAUCCAAAUGGCCCUUACAAGCUACACAUCACAGCUCAGCCAUUUUCUGUCUCAGUAACUGCAGAUGACAAGCUUCUGCUUAGUCUUAAUUCCCAGGGAUUGCUGUAUUUUGAGAGUCUGGUAUCCCCACAAUCAAAAAGUGCGACUUUAGAGAGUGACAGUGAAGUGACUAAGGAUGAGUAUGGACUUUGGAGUGAAACCUUUGGGGAAUUUGUGGACAUUAAGGCUAGCGGUCCAGCUUCUGUUGGCCUGGAUGUUUCACUACAUGGAUUUGAAUAUGUGUAUGGUUUGCCAGAACAUGCUGAUACACACAGACUCAAAAAUACAGAGCACAAUGACGCAUACCGGCUGUACAACUUAGAUGUGUUUGCAUACAAAACCUAUGAUAAGAUGGGAACAUACGGAUCUGUGCCACUGCUUCUAGCACACAAACCCACGCAGACAUGUGGGCUAUUCUGGCUCAAUGCUUCAGAGACCCUGGUAGAAAUUAAUACCAGGGCUGCCCCGCAGCCUUCUUUGUCCAGAUCUGUCCCAGAUACACGCAAGCAGCGGGCCAUCCCACAGACAGAAGUGAGGUGGAUGUCUGAAAGUGGCAUUGUGGAUUUGUUCCUGUUAAUGGGACCUUCACCACAAGACGUGUUCAGACAGUAUGCAAAUCUCACAGGUUUCCAGUCCUUACCACCUCUGUUUUCCUUGGGUUACCACCAGUGCCGGUGGAACUAUGAGGAUGAAGCAGACGUGGAAGCAGUGGACUUGGGCUUUGAUCUAAACAAUAUCCCUUAUGAUGUCAUCUGGUUGGACAUUGAGCACACAGAUGGAAAGAGGUACUUUACCUGGGAUCGUGAAAAAUUCUGUAAUCCAACGAGGAUGCAGGAGAAGCUGAAACAGAAGAAACGCAAGCUGGUUGUCAUUUCGGAUCCUCAUAUUAAGGUAGAUCCAGACUAUAGCCUUUAUUCUGAAGCCAAGGCCAGAGGCUACUUUGUCAAGGACAGAGGUGGACAAGACUUUGAAGGCAACUGCUGGCCAGGCACAUCAUGUUACUUGGACUUUACAAAUCCUGCUGUACAAGACUGGUACUCAGCUCAGUAUGCACUUGAUUCCUAUAAAGAUUCUACUGAGGUCCUCUUUGUUUGGAAUGACAUGAAUGAACCAUCAGUGUUCGAUUCCCCAGAGAUGACCAUGCCAAAAAAUGCUGUGCAUUACAAAGGCUGGGAACACAGGGACCUUCAUAACCUUUAUGGUUUUUACCAGCAAAUGUCUACCUUCAAGGGAUUGAUGCAGCGGUCAGCUGGACAGGAGAGACCCUUUGUACUGACACGGUCAUUCUUUGCUGGCUCACAGAGAUAUGGUGCAGUAUGGACUGGAGAUAAUAAAGCAGACUGGGAGUACUUAAAAAUAUCAGUCCCGAUGCUGCUUACACUGAGUGUGACUGGGAUUUCCUUCUGUGGAGCUGAUGUUGGAGGGUUUGUUGGAGACCCAGAGCCAGAACUCCUUAUUCGAUGGUACCAGGCCGGCGCAUUUCAGCCCUUUUUCCGUGCACAUGCCAUUCAAGACAGCAAAAGACGUGAGCCCUGGCUAUUUGGGGAAGAUAACACAUUGCUGAUAAAGAAAGUGAUAGAGGAGAGAUAUACUCUGCUUCCAUUCUGGUACCUGCUCUUUUACCGAGCCCAUGUGUCUGCCCAGCCGGUGAUGAGGCCUAUGUGGGUAGAAUUCCCCAAGCAUACUGAAAGCUUUGAAGAAGAGACACAGUACAUGUUAGGAAGUGCCCUGCUGGUUGUGCCAGUGUUAGCGCCAGGAGUGUCUUCAGUGGAUAUUCUGUUUCCUGGGUCUGGAGAGCGCUGGUAUGACUUUAGAAAAUAUGAGUGUGUAAGGGGCCCCCACAGAAAGAAAGUGAAAGUUACAUUAAACGAGAUCCCAGUGUUUCAGCGUGGAGGCUCAAUUAUUCCACUGCAUACAAGGGUUGGGAGAUCCACAGGCUGGAUGGAUGAAUUUCCUUAUGAGCUACGAGUAGCUCUGGAUUCAAAGGGCUUUGCUGAAGGGGAGCUGUUUUUGGAUGAUGGCCAUUCUUUUAACUAUAUCCAGGAGAAUGUGUUCGCUCAUCGGAAGUUUGCUUUCCAAAGAAAUGUCCUUUCAUCCAGUUCUGCUGAUCCAAAGGGAAAAUAUCAGUUGGAGUCCAUUGUGGAGAGGGUGCAUGUAAUGGGUGUUAAGAAACAACCAGUGGAAGUCAAUGUGCACAGUUCAGGAGUCAAGACAAGUGUGGCUUUUACCUACAGUGCCAAACUCUGUCUCCUGAGCCUGGAAUCACUCUCCUUGUGCGUGUCCGCUGACUGGGAGAUCCACAUCAGAGACAAGUUAUAACAUCAUGGGACUCCCCAGUGCUCAGAAUGCUGCUGGCUGAUUACCCAACUAAUGUUUCUGGCACAUAUUAUUGAGUUUUUAUACAGAUUUAUUUUAUAUAUAUAUGUGAUUUUAAUACAUGUUUUAUCAGAUAAAGAGAGAUAUGAAUGACAGCUAGCUUGUGUGUAAAGUAUAAACCUCUGUACCGUGUCAUACUUGGGUAACAUACCAUGGCAUUAUGGGCAAUCACAUGUUUACAGCACCAUCUGGCAGUUAGUGUAUAAGCCCAUGCACCAUUCUGCAAUCUGUUGCAUUGUUCUUUUUAUGAUACUCUUGCCUCUUUAAUGUGUUUUUUUUUAUUGUUGUUGCUCUUCUGAUAAACAAUUAAAAAUCACAUAACAUGCCAUAACCCUACCCCCAGGACCCACCAUUACCAUGGGUGAGGCCAUUACAAUUACAACUAGACAUGCAGGCCCCAAAAACUAAUUUUAAGGCCAAUGGCACACUUCAUAGGAAAGCAGGCAAAAAAAAGGAUGCUCUCCUCUCCACCCCAUCUUCACUAUGCACAUACAGGCCUUAGGAUCAGCUUUUUAGUGUAGACACGAGAUGGAUUUCAGCAUGAAAAUGAAUAUUCUUGUGUUUCCAUGCCAACACCCACCCAGUGUGUGCACCGAUAGGCUGAUGCUGUGCCUGUGUCAGUGCAUACCAGGCAUGACAAGAUGAACGGAGAGAGGAUUGGUAUGCACCAAUCUAGGCACUGGCCUAAGAUGCCCAAAGCUCUUCUUCAUGUUUUGCUGUUCUGAUUGUUUGUGCACCUCCAUAAAUUAGGGUAAGAACACAUGGUACAUUUUUUUGGCCACAAAAAUCUCCUGCAGCAUGAAUGACAAACAUCCUAAAGUACUUUUGUAUUGGUGGUAUAGUCUACUCUAAACCAUGUCUAAACCAGUUGUAUGGCAAACUCAUUUAAAAGAGAAGAGGCCUUUUUUAAUGUGAUUACUCAUAACUGGUUUAGACUGCGAUACUCACUGCGCUGCUAAUACAAAGGCAUUUCUGGGAAUAAUUUUCAUUUGGAAACAAAUAACUUGUUCCAGCUGUUAUAUAUUAUAGUGAUACUGCUUUUACAUAGGCCCAUAUAAGAAUCCUUCAGAAACUAUGAAUCCCUGACCUGAAGAGCUUACAAUCUUAUUUUUGUUUCUGAAUCAAAUGUCCGCUGAAUCAGAACACCCUCACUUGCAUGAAAUGUCAUAGAGAAAAUAGAAGUAAGAUUGAUGUGGUAUAGUAAAAAGGCACAUGUCAUUAGCAAUAAUGUCAUCUAUUAAAAAAAUAACUCACGGAUGCACAUAAUUAAUACAGGUAGCUAGUAGUGAAUAUAAUGCAGAGUGCCAGAUUUUGAAUUUUAUGGAGUGGGAUUGAAUGUCACAUGAGAAAAUAUCAGCAUCAAAGAUGGCAUCUGGAGGCAGCACUUUUGCUAUAGCUUUAUUAUAUUUCAUCAUAAGGAGUGAUAUGACCUGCACAAAGUAGGUGAUGAUGAAUAGUGCAUGAGAGGUACCCCUUAAAAUAUAAAAAAUACAAGUUUAAAGAUAAAGCAUGUAGCUUUCAAAAAACUCUGGGUGAAGGGUACUUAUUGCAGAACCUCAAAAACAUCUCAAAAGGCACUUUUAUACUUUGAUAAACGGGCCCGAAGUUGUAGAGGGUUUAACAAGGGAUCAAAAUAGAUGUACCCCCUUUUGUAAAAUAUAAGUCACCAAGCACGAGGCAGAAGGACAAAUGCUUUUAUACAGGUCAUUUAUACAUUAUUCAUUGUCGAGUUAACUAUAUAUAUAUAUAUGUUAUGUGUAAAAACAGUUCCAUAUUAAGUGCUUUUAAUUAGUGGGCUGGCCAGCCACAAAGAUUUUAAGGUGAAUUUUAUUAAAAUAAAUUGAUUACAGAAAACCCAGAAUAUUAUUGUAAAAACAGUUACACCCUAAAUUUCAAGCCCAAUAUUUAUUUUUAAAGCGCAUUAUUUUGGUUCAGCUCCAAGACUACCUUCAUGUCAAAGCCCUUUUACAGUUAGGGGCCAUUGUUAGCAUUACAAACAUUUACCAGCCAUUAGUUUACUCUUGUGGGAUUUGUAUGUUUUGGCUUGUCUUUGCUGUCCUUUAUACCUGUGUCACUCAAGAUUGCUCCAGUUCCCACCACUCCCAAAUGCAUGUCUGUCUGUCGUGCCAGCAGGAUAUGGUUAGCGAGGUGAGCUAAAUGUGUUUCUUCAUACUCAGGGUCUGUUUUAGAAUAGAAUGGGAAAAGCAUUAGGCUUGGGCCCCCUGAGUUACAGACAUGUAACUGCUGCAGGCAGCUUUUCCCUACUAAUAAUCUUUUGACAUAGGGGAAAUAGUACCCCAUUUGCAUUGCUUAUGCAACCUAAAUCAAAAAAGUCUACACUGGCUUUUUUAAAUAUCAAAUGUGGUUCUUCAGCUGCUAAACAUCAAAUCCUAAUGUUCUCUAAACAGAGUAGGAUUUAUACAGAUUGUAAGUUUUUGUGCAAGAUGAUUUGUUGUCUGUCUCAUUCUAUGAUAACAAAAUAAUGAAAAUAGUAAACUGCAGCUUCAUAAAAAAGUUCAGUGGUAAUGAAGAAUAGGGGCUGUGAUAGUCUAAUUGGUAACCACAGGUGGACUGAUAGCCUGCAGGAAACUAUAUUUGAAGUUAACCUGUGUUUUUAUGCCUCCAAAACUUGCCUUUAAGUAAUUAAAAAUGGGCAAUUACUUUGAGGCCACUGUGUGCCACAUUAUUUUGGGGGAUAAGCAAUAUGUUGCUCAUAAGCCACUGGUUGGGGCUCUCUGGUCUAACUAGUAAGCCACAUCUGGCCCGCAGUUGGGCACUAUACAGCCUACAAGUCACUUUUUGUACCAGUGUCUACUUAUUAAGAGCUCCAAUAGUAUUUAACUCUAACAGUAACGACGGUUUGUUUUAUAGAAUGAGCAAGGCAGUGAAUGUUUGAGCGGCAGGUCCACAGUUCAAUCUCCUAUCAUACCCAGCCAUCGGUUACUGAAAGAAUUAAUAAGCUGUCAAUUGCCUGAGAAUAUGGUAGGAGAGGCACAGGGGAAAGGCCAGGAAACAUGUAUCAGUCACAUUUUGGCUUUGUGCUGUAUAGCAUUAGGACUGCAUUGGAGCACUAAGAGCAUAAACAGGCAGCUUGCAUUUGGGGAGUAAAUAGAAGGGAGUGAGAGAGGGAUAGGUAAAAGAUGUAACAGAAAGUAAAGGGUAAAGCUGAAAGAAACUGGGGUGGAAAAGAAAUCUGAAAAAGGAGGGGGUAGGUUAGUGGUAUAAGCUGGAGAGUCCUGAAGGGGACAUUAGUAGAAAAGGACAGAGAAGUAUUAAAGGGGUAGGCAGACCAGAUGUAUUCUCAGCCGGUAAAUAGGUGCUGACUUUGCUGUUGCAAUCAUUCAAUAGAACGGAAAAUAACUAACAGAGACAAUACUAGUGCUUUUCAGCCUGCAAACAUUUACUGGAGGCUUGAGAAUGUCGUAUAUUGUGCCACAAGUUUGCUCUGCAUCUGUUAGCUUAGCCUCGUGGUGAUCACAUAGUACAUCAUAGCCUCCAAUGCCCCUAUACUGUUCCAUUUCCAGCCAUAUCCAACCCAACACUGAAAUAUGUUCUCCCAGUAAGUGUUGCAUUACAUUCCUGGCCUGCCGUGUAAUGCAGAUCAUAGCUAUUAAAUGGCCUAAUCUAUCAUCUUGAUUGUAAUAGUUUGAUGGAAAAUCUGAUUCCUUUGUCCUUUGCCAUGUUUUUUAUAUGUCUCAAAGCAAAUUAAACUUGUUACUUUAAGGUA